CUGCCUUCGGCUCGAAGAACCAGGUCCCGCUGACGUAAACACCACCAACACGUCAGUCCAAGAUGGCAGAGGAAAGUCCCAGCAGACAAGACAUCGAGGCCGUGUUUAAGCGACUCCGAGCCAUCCCCACGAAUAAGACAUGCUUUGAUUGUGAUGCAAAGAACCCAACAUGGGCAACCGUAACAUACGGAGUGUUCAUUUGUAUUGACUGCUCAGCUGUGCACCGCAGCUUAGGAGUGCAUUUGACAUUCGUUAAAUCCACGCAAUUAGACACCAACUGGACAUGGAUCCAGCUGCGAAGUAUGCAGCUUGGAGGCAACUCCAAUGCGAGAACCUACUUCAACCAACACAACUGCUCCACGAAAGAUGCCCAGCAAAAAUACAACUCCCGUGCAGCCCAGCUGUACCGAGAGAAGCUCUCCCAGAUGGCCAGACAAGCCAUGAAAAUCCACGGCACAAGGAUCGAGCUGGACCCUGACCAAGUCCAUAAACUGGGUAGCACGUUAGGGCUCACGGCAUGGACCGCUCCAUGCUUUUCCUCGGCUCCGCCAGCGUCGCCCGUGACACCUAAGGUCAACAUUGACUCAGGGCACACAGAAGGAGCACCACAGGAGGAGAAGAAGGAGGUGGAUUUCUUUGAGGAGCAUGCCAACUUAGUCACUGCUGACCAUGUGCCAUUCCAACCCUUGUGUCAGUCUAAGGACAUCAGCACAAGUAAUGGGACGAAUGAUGCUUCUGACGGUGCUCCCAAUGUAGAGAUGGCUCUCAACAUGUCCGCGACCGAUGCCCAGAAACUGGCAUCCCAGCCGCAUAAAUCAACCAUCGGCCAGCGGAAACCGGCUUCCAAAGUAGAAGCCAGUGGUUCCACUUUAAAGCUGGGAGCCAAGAAAGGUGGGGGUCUAGGAGCCCAGCGUGUGAAAAAGGAUUUCUCUGCCAUUGAGAAGGAAGCUGCCCGCAACGACCAGCUCAGACUAGAAGCCAAAGCCACCGAACUUUCAAAGGAGGAGCAACAGCAAUCGUUACAAAGUUUAGAGCGCGCUUAUGAGGAUAUGAGCAUUGCUGGGAAGCGCGAGGAGGAGCGAAUGAUGAGAGUGGACCCCAAGAAGGCACAACAGGCAGAGCGACUUGGCAUGGGCCUUGGAGCUCGGAGUGGAGCAUCACACAGCAUGUUUGGUGAAAUGAAGACCAUAGAGCAAGAGACACCGGUUGGCGCCAAGUCAAACAGAAGUAACAACAACAACUUCCGUGACGAUGACAUUGAAGAGGACUUUGAGACUAUAAUAAGAUUUUCUUCUGGACCACCAAAGUAUCGCGACAGCCCGUUUGAAGACAGAAAUAACUUUGGCUUUGCUGGAGGUAAAGGGUCAGGCAUUGAUGAUCUCUUAGGCAACAAGUCCUCCAUGACUUCCUCGUCAUCCUGGGAAAACGAAUUUGAUAAGUCAAAGUCAUCCUCCGGCGUCAGCUCCUCCAGCAGUCUGGGGUCGAUGUCGUCCUCUAACAAGGUCUCUGCAUCGGCCAACUACAAGUACACCCCAGUGGAAGAUAAGAAAGCACAACAGAAGUUCGGCAAUGCCAAAGCCAUCUCGUCUGACAUGUUCUUUCAAGAUCGUGACCCAGAUGCCGAAAUGCGCUCAACACUGGCACGGUACGAAGGAUCGUCGUCCAUCUCGUCAGCUGAUCUGUUUGGGGGUCCUCAGGCACCAAGGCAGCAGUACAGUGGAGGCUCCAUACAGGCCCCAGACUUGGAUGAAGUCCGUGAAUCAGUGCGACAGGGGGUGACCAAGGUGGCAGGUCGGCUGGGUAACCUGGCAAACAACAUGAUAUCCUCCCUCCAGAGAAAAUGAUGAAACACAUAGUAUAGACCGUUACAUGUGAAGAAGUCUGGCAAGAUGAAUACGAUCGGUUUCAUACACCUCGGUUUAAUUUUUUUAUUUUUAUCUUUUAUGUUUUAUCAUCAUCAUCAUCUCUCUCUUUUUCUUACCUCACCCGAUGCUCUCGAGGCAUCUCUUUGUAGAAGAAGUGAGGAUGCAGGUAAUGCCUGUGAUGUUUUAAUUCCACUCAUUGCAUAGCUCUAUUUAUGGUUUGUUUUUUCUUAGCUGACUUAUUUAUCACCUUAUAUAAUUGAUCCAUUAAAUAUUAUUUUGUAAUAUUUUUUGAAAGGUAUUGUCUUUUGUACAGAAUGUAAAGUUUAAGGAUUUGAUAUUGACACAAAGAGACUAAAUACUUUAAGGUCAUUCACUGAAGAAACUGCUGAGAAGUUUCGUUAGGCCCUCAUCAUUGAGUAUCAGAUGUAAUAUAGCUUGAUGGUUACAUGCAUAUUGAUAUGGGGGGUUUUAACAGGGCAGGGUCAUGUGAAGUGAUGCUUUGAUGAAUAUCAGAUAAUAAGAAUUUGAUGUUUGUUCAUAUAUCUUCCUAAGUUUUAAGCUCAGAUAUUUGUAUCAAUUUUAUGCAUAUGGAGGCCAUUAUAAAGAUUACUUUUUGUUGUCGAGUUCCUCCAAAUGUGAGAACUACAGCAGUGUAUAUUGUUAUUUUUAUGGUGCAGAUGAUAAUAAGAUUGAUAAGGCCAUCAUUCAGACUUUACAGUGUAUUUUCCUUUUAGUUAUUUCAGCCAACAUUUUAGUUUGGAUUUCAUUGUCAAAAAUGGGGAAAAAAGUAGUUAAGUGUAUAAUUCAGAAUUCAGAAAAGGUUGAGUCAUUUGUCUAAUCAAAUUUUAAAUAUAUAUUACUUUGUAUUAGUAUAUGACAGUCAGCCAGGAGGUUUGAGAACAAAACUUGGUGCCAUCUGAAAUUAAUAAAAAAGACCCAUUUUAAAAUAUAUAUAAAGUUUGCUUUUGUGUUAGAAGAUUUAAAUUUAUUGUUGUAUCUUAUCAUUUAUUAUGUGGUUAUAAUGGGAUUGGGAUUAAAAGCAAAUUUAAAUAA